GCCCAGCACAGAAACAUGCAGUCUUUUAGUGAUGAAGAUGCAUCAAUUGAAACUAUGAGCCACUGUAGUGGCUUCAGUGAUCCUGCCAGCUUCAAUGAAGGUGGUCCUGAGAUUGAUGACGAACCAACCCAAGAAGACUUGGAAUGUAAACUAAAAGGGUUUAUUGACUUGACUUUGGACAAGAGUGCAAAGAUGAGACAGUUUGUUCUUGAUGGUCUUAAAAGUGCUUUGACAUCAAAAAUGCUAUAUAAGUUCAUCCUGGAAAGGAGAAUAACACUCACAGACAGCAUUGAACGUUGUAUCAAGAAAGGCAAGGGUGAUGAACAGUGUGCAGCUGCAGGACUGGCUUGUCUGCUGUGCAUACAGCUGGGGUCAGGAAUUGAAAGUGAGGAAGUUUUUAAAACCCUCGCACCUCUCCUAAAGAAAAUACUCUGUGAUGCCUCAGCAAGUACGAAAGCUAGGCAAGCUUCUGCUACCUGCUUAGGUGUCUGUUGCUUUAUUGCUACGGAAGAUAUCAUGGAAUUAUAUUUCACUAUGGAUUGCUUGGAAAGUAUAUUCACAAAAUCCUACCAGGAAGAGAGAAAUCAAAAUGGUAUUUCGAGCACUCAUAACACAGGUCUUUAUAUAAGCACUCUCUUGGCAUGGACCCUUCUGUUGACCAUCUGCCCAAUGAAUGAAGUGAAGAAAAAGCUUGAAAUACAUUUGCAUAAAUUUCUUAGCCUGCUGUCCUGUGAUGAUGUAAACAUGAGGAUUGCUGCUGGGGAAACGUUGGCUGUUUUAUUUGAACUUGCAAGAGAAUCUGAUGAGGAUUUUUUUAAUGAGGAUAUGGAGCUUCUAACACAGAAAUUGAAGGCUCUAGCUACAGAUGGAAAUAAGCAUCGUGCUAAAGUAGACAAAAGGAAACAGCGAUCUGUCUUCAGGGAUGUCUUACGAACUAUAGAGCAGGAACACGACUUUCCCACAGAGACAAUCAGGUUUGGACCAGAGCGCAUGUACAUUGACUGUUGGGUUAAAAAGCAAACAUACAAUACUUUCAAGGGAAUUUUAGGAUCGGGAAUGCAGUAUCAUUUACAGUCCAAUGAGCUCCUCCGGACUAUCUUUGAACUUGGUCCACCACUGAUGCUUGAUGAGGCAACCCUUAAGUCCAUGAAGAUAACCCGUUUUGAAAGGCAUAUGUACAACUCUGCAGCAUCCAAAGCUCGGACUAAGGCUCGCAGCAAGUGCCGUGAUAAAAGAACAGAUGUGGAUGAGGUGUUCUAGAAGAAGUCUUCAAAGCCCUUUAACAUUUUUUUUGUUAAAUCUACUUGUUUGGGUACAAUUAAUUUUAGCGUACAGAGUUAAAUAAUCUUUUUAAUUGUGUCAGUUCCACAUUUUGUACAGCACUUGAUGUAUGUUAAAUUGGCUUAUAUAGUAUAAAUGAGAUAGGAUGGUAGGAGAGAAUUUCCUGAUAAA